AUGCCUGAUUUCAAUAAUGGUUAUUCUUGUGAUGUAAGAUUUGAAUCAAUAGCAAAAAAACUAGAGCCUGAUUUAGAGUCACCAUGUGGUUUGCUUGAUAAGAAUGAUGAUGUUGUUGUUGAAGACUAUGAAGUGGACGAAGAUGGACAAAUUUUUGAAGAAGAUGAUGAAUGUGAUGGCGAGGGUGUAAUAAAUGAUCAAAUUGAAGAAAUUAGUAAUGAAAGAUUAGAUGAUGUGAAGAAUAUAUUGGAGUUGAUGAUUAUGAAAUUGGAGUUAACAAGAACAUUCGUGAUAAUGAAAUGUAAAAGGUGA